AUGUCCAUCAACAUGACUGCCAAUGCAUACACAGGUGACUGGGAGACCUUUGAGGUUCCACUAUCAGCCAAGGAGGCUUCAAACAUAUCAGCCGUAAACACGCAUAUCGUUGGCACAAUGACGAACAGCUCUGAUUUGGGUCUGAUGCCUCUGUUUAAUAUUGUUCAGCAUGUACGGGAGGAGAUGGAGGUUUUUGGGAACCACAUUGAGAAGCUGUAUGAGGCUGUAAACAUGCUCUCCUCGCGGGUGGAUGUCGUGAUCCAAAGUGCCAGUAUGCGAACUGCUAUGGGAGUCCCUGGACCUAAGGAGAACAUCAAACCCUUGCGUGAGAAGUAUCCGAAGGUCCGUUUCUGGUGCAAGAACAUGUACAAGCAGCAAGACGGACAACCGGGCCAAAGCGACCCCAUGCGAGAAGAGACACCACGUCAGAAGUCCUAUAAGAAGCUCCGAUUCCUAGAAAACGACCAGGGUGUGCCAUACACUAUAGGGGAAAUUGCUGUGGUUUGCAAAACCAUGAAGCGCGCAUUUCUUGACCUUGACAGCUCUCACGAGGUUGCGCCGCCGGCAACAUGGCAGGGUCACGCUCUAGACUGCCAUCGCAAAGGAGUCUUUAGUGCACUGUACAAGGCUCAUCCUGAUAUUGAGUACUGCGCUGAUGACUGGAAGGCCAAUCAGAUCGCUAUCAAACGAUAUUCCCACUACCGCCAGCAUCAUCCGUGGCCUGCUGCAUGGCCAGCACCUGUCUGCCGCAUCAAGGAGGAGCCUCAGCAAAUCGUCAGCGAAAUCAAGGAUGAUCAUGCCAACGGUGAUCCCAGCUGCAGCCCUGGCAAGCCCGAACUGGCAGCUGACGUCGAGAACAUGGACCCAGUGAUGGCUCCUUUGCCUGAUACCACACAGAAGAGAGCCGCUUCCACAAGUGCCAAAGACCGAUGCGCAGCGAAGAAGCCCAAGAUUGGGAGAAGGAUCAUCAUAGCCAAUCCAAUUCUUGCCACAACGCAGCCCACAACAGAUGAUCUGCCCGAGAAUCUUUCAGACCAGGACGUCACUGGAAGUAGAGUCACGUUUGAUCCCGAAGGUGGUCAGGUCAGCGAGGAAACGGCAGGAUCAAGUGUGCCUGAGAAUAUUAAUGUAACAGAGACGAUGACCGAAGGCUCUGCUCUGCCUAUUACAGCCCCCAUCAGCUCUGCUCCAACUGAAGAGGCUGCGCGCUCUGAUGACCAGGUCGCCAAGGGAACACUGCAGCUCAGGGAGCUGCAAUGA